AUCAAUUAAACGCACCAGAAAAUGCGACCCCUCCCUAAGCGGCUCGCCGUCGCUCUCCGCUCCUGCACCGCCGCAGCUCACGGCGGCUGCAGCAAUUUCUCAGCGUCCACCGCCCGUAUCAACUCACAGCCGCUGAGAGGAGGCCUCCUCGAGUGUCCGUGGCUCGCCGCCCAGUUCCGCUGCGCCAGAUUAUCCGGCGGAGAUGUAAAACCAGGAAAUCACAUCGAAAGAAGAGGAAAGAUUUAUGAGGUGAUAAAAGCACAGCAUACCACUCAAGGAAGAGGAGGAGCUAUUAUACAGGUGGAGCUCCGUGAUGUUGAUAGCGGGAACAAAUUGAAUGAAAGGCUGCGAACAGAUGAGAAAGUUGAACAGAUAUAUGUUGCGGAGAAGUCAUUUGAGUACCUUUACACUAAUGAUGGGGAUGGAGGAAGUGUUGUUUUAAUGAACCCUGAAAGCUAUGAGCAGCUGGAAGUACAACCGCACUUAUUUGGUGAAUCUCUUGUCUUCCUUCAAGAUGGUAUGAAAGUCUUUGUCCAACUUUACGAUGAUAGACCAUUGUCAGCAAAAAUUCCAAAGACUGUAACGUGUACAGUUGCUGAAGCAGCCGAAGCACGAAAGGGAAGUGGCACCCCACCUUACAAAAGGGCUUUGUUGGAUAAUGGUUUAACUGUCCAGGUCCCAUCUCAUAUCUCCAGUGGAGAGAAGGUUAUUAUCAACACUACAAACAACUCUUAUGUUAGCAGGGUUUGAACGGUACGAAAUUCGAUCAGUUUGUGGCCGAGCAAUCUUUUUGAAGAAGAGCAGCUACGCAAGUUUCUCCUCUAGUCUAUAUGAGAUCGUUCGAUUAUGUUCAUCCCUUUUAUGUUUGAAGCAAUAGUAAGGUUGUUUAGUAUGAUACUUACUGAGCCAUUCUAGCAGUUAAUAAGUAUUUCUAGCAGUCUGCAUAGCUUCUUUUCUCUCUCA